AUGAUGUACGUCCUGACAGUUGCAGGAAAUGUUGCCAUCAUAGUCCUAGUGAAGGCCCACCAUCAUCUCCACACCCCCAUGUACUUCUUACUUUGCAACCUCUCCUUCCUGGAGAUAUGGUACACCACAGCCUGUGUCCCCAAGACAAUUGCAAUCUUCCUGGGGAAAAGCAGAACCAUCCCCUUUGGUAGCUGCAUCCUGCAGAUGUACUUCAUUUUCUCCCUGGGUUGCACAGAGUAUUUCCUUUUGUCUGCCAUGGCCUAUGACCGCUAUCUGGCCAUUUGCUACCCAUUGCACUAUAGAACCAUCAUGAACAGCACCAAGUCUGCUCAGCUGGCCCUUGGUUCUUGGAUGUCUGGUUUUCUGGCUAUUUCUGUCCCAGCAUCUCUGAUAGCCAGGUUAUUCUUCUGCAGCUCUAACGUCAUCAAUCAUUUCUUCUGUAGCAUAGAUUCCUUGAUCAUUCUCUCCUGCACAGACACCUCGGUGAUUGAGAUGACAGCUUUCCUCAUCUCGAUCAUUGUCAUCCUGGGAUCAUGUUCCAUAACCCUGGUCUCCUACAUUUACAUCAUCUCCACUGUACUGAGGAUCCCCUCGGCUCAAGGCCGGCAAAAGGCCUUUUCCACUUGCUCGGCCCAUCUUAUUGUCGUGACUAUCUGGUACAGCUCCACCAUCUUCCUCUAUGUCCGGCCUUCCAAACAGAGCUCCUUGGAAAUGAACAAGAUUGUCAACACUUUGAACACUAUUGUCACUCCGUUGUUAAACCCUUUCAUUUACACUCUGAGAAAUAAAGAGGUGAAGGAUGCUUUAUGGAAGGUAUUCGGUGGGACAUGA